GAUGAGGUAUUAUAGAUUAUGGGUUGGGGGUGGUGGGGGUACUGCAAGCACCUCCCCUAGAAAUGCAGCAAAUCUCUCCCGUUUUCUCCUGGUGGGGCACUGGGAGGGCUGGAGACGUGCUUUGCAUUGGCAGGCUGGUGAGGACACGUGUCUCCUCCCUGCCUCCCCCCCGGGCUCCACGGUACCGCAUUGGCAUCAGUAAAGGCACCUGAAAGACGAGAAGUAACUCCUGGAAGCGCUGCCUGCCACCUUAUAACCCAAAAGAAAGCGAUCUUACAGGCCUGCAAUAACCUGUGGCUCGCCUUUUGUCGUGCGUAAAGCUUUUGCGCACGCCGCUGAACUGCCUCAGAGACUGAGAAGGUGCGCUACGCGUCGAGCAUCAGAGCGCAGUGCCAAGAUGCAGAAACGGAGCAGCGACGUCUGAAGGUGACAUGAACCUGGGGAUAACGACAGGCUGCAGACGAGCAGUGACUAAAAAGUGGAGAUAGCAACUGAAAACCGACGGUGUCUUCAACCAACAUUUGCGCUUUCCUUCGUGGCUUUAUCUAAUGCAGAGAAUCAAGAGCUGCAAUCCAAAGUAGCCUCAUUUUUUUUACUGACUGGAGGAGACAAACACUAAUUAAGCUGCAGACAGUUCGGAAUCCGGAGAGGUUCGAAAAAUGGCGACGUUAAUCAGAAGCAAGCUUUCCAAUAAACUGACAAAUGCAGCCACGGCUGUGUCCAACAAAUCCCAGGCAAAGGUGAGCGGGAUGUUCGCCAGGAUGGGGUUUCAGGCCGCCACCGACGAAGAGGCUCUGGGUUUCGCCGCCUGCGAUGACCUGGACUACGACCACCGGCAAGGCAUGCAGAUGGACAUUUUAACAUCCGAUGAAAUGGGGGGAGAGGGGAGCGGAGAUGGAGGCGCACUGGAUGGGGACAGCCACUACCAGAGGGACGGCACCGGUCCACCGCACUCUGCCUCAAAGGACGGAGAUCCGACGAACGAGUUGACCGAAGUCAGACCAAAAAUCACCGCUUGGGAGGCGGGCUGGAACGUCACGAACGCAAUCCAGGGGAUGUUCGUUCUGGGCCUGCCCUACGCCAUCCUGCACGGAGGAUACCUCGGACUCUUUCUCAUUAUUUUCGCCGCUGUGGUGUGCUGCUACACGGGGAAAAUCCUCAUUGCCUGCCUGUACGAGGAGGACGAAGACGGACAGCUCGUCCGUGUGAGGGAUUCUUAUGUGGACAUUGCCAACGCUUGCUGCGCGCCCAGAUUCCCGUCUCUAGGUGGCCAUAUCGUGAAUGUAGCCCAAAUCAUAGAGCUAGUGAUGACUUGCAUCCUGUACGUGGUGGUCAGCGGUAAUCUCAUGUACAACAGCUUCCCCAACAUGCCAAUUUCCCAGAAGUCCUGGGCCAUCAUCGCCACCGCUGCUCUCCUCCCCUGCGCCUUUCUCAAGAACCUGAAAGCCGUCUCCAAGUUCAGCUUGCUUUGCACGUUAGCCCACUUUGUCAUUAACGUCCUCGUUAUAGCGUACUGCCUCUCCAGAGCGAGGGACUGGGCCUGGGACAAGGUGAAGUUUUACAUCGAUGUCAAGAAAUUCCCCAUCUCCAUUGGGAUUAUUGUGUUCAGCUACACCUCGCAGAUCUUCCUGCCGUCUCUGGAGGGGAACAUGCAGAAACCGAGCGAGUUUCACUGCAUGAUGAACUGGACUCACAUCGCUGCCUGCAUCCUCAAGGGUCUAUUCGCCCUGGUGGCCUACCUGACCUGGGCUGAUGAAACCAAGGAGGUCAUCACAGACAACCUGCCCCCAACCAUCCGAGCUGUCGUCAACCUCUUCCUCGUGUCCAAAGCUUUGCUGUCGUAUCCGCUGCCGUUUUUCGCUGCUGUCGAGGUAUUAGAGAAAACAUUUUUCAACGAAGGGGGACGCGCCUACUUUCCAGAUUGCUACGGAGGCGAUGGACGCCUAAAGUCCUGGGGACUCACUCUCCGAUGUAGCCUUGUUGUGUUCACCCUGCUCAUGGCGAUCUAUGUGCCACAUUUCGCCCUCCUCAUGGGCCUCACCGGCAGCCUGACGGGCGCAGGCCUUUGCUUUCUGCUUCCCAGUCUCUUCCACCUCAAGCUUUUAUGGAGAAAGCUGCUAUGGCACCAGGUUUUCUUUGAUGUCGCCAUCUUUGUAAUAGGAGGUAUAUGCAGCAUAUCUGGUUUCAUCCACUCAAUGGAGGGGCUCAUAGAGGCUUUUAGAUAUAACAUACAAGAAUAAUUGCAAGCCAUUGCUGGAACUAGAUGUUAACUGCAAGUCUCCAUUUAGUGAAAAAAAUAAAAUAAAAUAAAAUAAAAUUUAAAAAACACAUGACUUCCUGGCGAGCGCAGUCCCUUCUGCUUAAUUCAUGCGUAAAAGUGCGCACAGAGCACACGCGGACAUUUUCGCACUCAUACAGUGCUUGCAUCAGUCUACACACACACACACACACACACACACACACACACACACACACACACACACACACACACAGUUGGUGGCAGUGAGGGAAUCUAAUGCAUCCACGACACACUUUAGCCUACGGACAAUACAUGUUGUAUAAAUAUGCCAACAAGAGUACAUAUACAUAUUUUCCAGUGGAGUGAACGUUUACAAUAUCGACCUUAAAACAAAAUUGCAAAAAGGGCAGUUCGCCUUUUCGUCGCUCUUGUGGUGCUUCCCCACACGAGACUUCACUUCAUGUAACGCUCGAGUUUGUGAUGGACGGACUUGUUGUGAUUUAAUGAUGUUUAAGAUGUUUUAAAGGGAUUAAAACACACGCGCGCGCACACACGCAACACCACUUCUUUUUUUUUAGGUGAUUCGCAAUUUGACUGCGGGCUUUGAGUGUGGCAUUAAACCCAAAAUCGAACGCCUGUGCAUCUAAAAGAUAAAAUAAGACAACGGCAAUAAGAGAUAGAAACACACGACGGCGUAAAGACGAUAAAAAGUAAUUGUGAAGUUUCCUGAGAAAUACGCAAAAAUUGACUUUCCCCGAUUAUUUAAUAUUCUGGCAAUGCAAAAUAUCAGAGAGUACACAGCAGCUAAACAAACUAUGCAUUGAAUGUAUGAUAUUUUAGACACAAAUACAUUGAAACUGGGAAGUGGAAAUUUAAGAAUCCUUUAAUUUUCGGUUCAUCCUCGUGUAAUAGUAACGCUUUGUUGAUAGGCCUGGUUUGUUUUUUUUCUUCGAUAUUUACUUUAAUUCACUUUUCAAUCGGCAAUAACGUCCAGCCCCACAGAUCUCAGCAGCACGGGGAGUAUUAAAUGAAAUAAUACACACACAUAAGAAAUAGAACGAAAACACGCACAUGCACGCACACACACGCGGCCUGUUCGUUUUUUAUUUCUAAUUAAUUUUGAAAAUCUCAUGUCUCGGAAAAAAAAAAUUCGGUGUCUGAAAAUCUAAAAGAGAGAGAUCGUUAAAGAGGAAAAUGUGCAUACAGACAUUUUUCAUUCUGUGCAAUCCAAUGGGUCCUGUGGAAAUGUUAUAAAACCGUAUGUGUAGUGUGUUAUUGUGGUUUCAAAAAGAUGGAAUGUAUAUCUCAAAGUCGUUAUCAUAUAUCGUGAAAAUUAAUAUUAAAGAAUAAAGAAAUAAGUGAAAUUAUAUUGUAAAAA